AUGGAAGCACAGAAUAUCACACAUGUGUCAGAGUUUGUCCUCUUAGGAUUCUCACAAACCCACAAGCUCCAGAAAUUCCUGUUCCUGGUGUUCCUAUUUGUCUACGUCACCACUGUUGUGGGAAACCUCCUCAUCAUGGUCACGGUGACUUCAGACACCCAGCUCCACACACCCAUGUACUUCCUGCUCCGAAAUCUGGCUGUCUUAGACUUCUGUUUCUCCUCUGUCACUGCCCCAAAGAUGUUGGUGGACUUCCUCUCUGAGAAAAAGGCCAUCUCCUACCAGGGCUGUAUGGCCCAGAUCUUCUUCUUCCACUUUCUGGGAGGCGCCAUGGUAUUCGUCCUCUCGGUCAUGGCCUAUGACCGCCUUGUUGCCAUCUCUCGGCCCCUCCACUAUGUCACCAUCAUGAACAGUCAGCACUGCAUGGGGCUGGUGGUGACAGCCUGGAUGGUAGGUUUUGUGCAUUCCAUUGCCCAACUGGUUCUGAUGCUCCCAUUGCCUUUCUGUGGCCCCAACAUCCUGGAUAACUUCUACUGUGACGUCCCACAAGUGCUGAGACUUGCCUGCACUGACAUCUCCCUCCUGGAGUUUCUCAUGAUCUCCAACAGUGGAAUGCUGGAUGUCGUCUGGUUCUUUCUCCUCCUGACCUCCUACUCAGUCAUCCUGGUGAUGCUGAGGUCCCACUCUGGGCAGGCGAGGAGGAAGGUGGCUUCCACCUGCACCACCCACAUCAUCGUCAUGUCUAUGGUUUUCAUUCCAAGCAUUUACCUCUAUGCCCGGCCCUUCACCCCCUUCUCCAUGGACAAGGCUGUGUCCAUCAGCCACACGGUCAUGACCCCCAUGCUCAACCCCAUGAUCUACACCCUGAGGAACCAGGAGGUACAGGCAGCAGUGAGGAGACUAGGGAGGCACUGGCUGGUUUGUAAAAGGGAGCAACAAUGA